AGUGCAUUAACCAAAUGAAUUAAUCAAAUAAAAUGGGAAAACAACACUUUGCAAAAUGGAAUGGAGAUGAUAUUUUUUUAUUUCAUAACAUUGUCUAUCAUUUUUUAGGGGAAAGAAUUGUAUCCAAAAAUGCAAACAAGAGAAAUUUGUUUGGUUUCUGGUUGCUUGGACUUUGUAAUAACUUUGCAUAUGUGGUGAUGUUAAGUGCUGCCCAUGAUAUUCUAGGGCAAAGCAAAACAGAAAACAAGGAAGGAAAGAAUGACACAGAAAGUAUAGCAUAUAGCUUGUACUCUAAUAGUUCUGGUAAUGCAACUAAUGGAAAUAAUAACAGUCUUGGGUGCAACCCUUUAUCAACUGGGACAAUUCUAUUAGCUGAUAUACUUCCAACGCUUUUGAUAAAACUAACAGCACCUUUCUACAUGAACAGACUCAACUAUCAUUUACGAGUUGGAAGCUGUAUUUUGUUUGCUUUUGCAAGUUUCUUCUUAGUUGCUUUUUCUAAUGUCCUUUGGGUUAGUCUACUAGGUGUUGUUUGUGCAAGUAUUAGUGGUGGUUUUGGAGAAAUUACAAUUCUAAGUUUUUCUGCUCAUUUUGACAAAAAUGUUGUGUCUACCUGGUCAUCUGGGACAGGAGCUGCUGGUUUGUUUGGUGCUCUAUCAUAUGCAGGGUUAAUAUCAGCAGGGUUGACGCCUAAAAUAACAGUCUUAGUGAUGAAUAUAGUUCCUUUUCUAAUGGGUGUCAGCUUUUGGUAUAUCCUUGAGUAUCCAACCCACCUUCAAAAUAGUUGGAAAUCCUUAUAUAGUCCAGAUUACUCAGAUUACCACCAGGAGCAUACUGCCAUCAUAAGUGAAAGUAGUAGAGAAGACCAUGCUGAACAAACAACUGAAAGUUUCACUUUAGUGGAAAAAUUAGCUGUUGUAAAGUCUUUGUUAAAAUAUAUGGUUCCUUUAGCAUUAGUUUACUUUGCUGAAUAUUUCAUCAACCAAGGGCUGCAUGAACUCAUUUUCUUCAAAGGAAUAUGGAUAACACCAGCAGAACAGUACAGAUGGUACCAAGUUGACUAUCAGUUGGCAGUAUUGAUAUCAAGGUCUUCAGUCAACRUAGCACCUAUCAACAAUACUUGUCUUUUGGCUAUAUUACAGUACGUAAACCUGAUUGUGCUAUUAUUUGAAGCACUAUUCCACUUCAUGCCAUCGAUAUGGAUCGUAUUUGCCAUUGUSAUGUUUGAGGGUCUGCUUGGCGGAGCUGUUUAUGUUAAUUCAUUCUACAGAAUCUCUAAAGAGGUCUUACCAGCCCAUAGAGAAUUCAGUAUGGGUGUGGCAAGUAUGGCCGAUAGUUUUGGUAUAGCUCUCGCAGGCCUGGUCGCACUACCAACUCACAAUGCACUGUGUAGUUUCUGGCUGAAAAAAACUUCGUAAAGGCUGAUUUACACGGCAAGAUUGUCUCGUGCGAUUUGUAGUAUACGACUUGAAUCGYGCARUGUAAAURCCCCUACGACUUGUCUACAACAGUCGUACGCAACCUACGACUUGUAGUAGGACUUUGAACCACUGCUUAAAAUCCUACGACUUGUAGUAGGAAAAUCGUAUAMUACAAGUCGCGCGCGACAAAUCGUACCGCAUAAAUCAGCCUUAACAAUAACUCGAGUUUAUAUAGAACGCUAUGUAGAACCAGCAUCUUUAAUAUUGUUGCGUAAGCGGACAGAUUUAUUCGACUAUUUGAAUUCCGACUAGGUAUUCCAGAAACCUAUAAGAAUAAUAAUAAUAAUUAAAAUUAUGGGGAAUUGAUUUCAUCAUAGUUUAUGAUUUCAUGUAAGUUAUGUAUAUUUAAGUAAGCGUUCUCGGUGUCAUCACAGUUGGAUGGUGUCAUAAAUGAAUCCACUAACAUAGCAAUUAUCAUAAUGAUGAAUUAAAAUAUUUUUACUUAAAAAAUAAAUAAAACUGAAAACAGCUAUAAUAAUAUGUUAAUACYUCGUAUCSGACAAAAUAGUGAGUAUUUUUAUUGCGGCAAAUGACUAGUGUUUCUACAUUCUGAUAAAACAUGCCUGGUUUUCAAACCCAGA